AUGGCUCGCAGGGCGGGGAGGAAGGCCGCGCCUGCACGUGCCAGGGAUCCGCGCUCGCCCCUGGGCCGGAACACCCCCUCACGAAGCCCCGCCCACUUCCGCCGCCUCCCCUCGAUCCGCGAUUGGCUGCUCGACGACGCGCCCGCCUCCGUCCUCUCGCCCCCUCCGCCUGUCCUGCCCAAUCACUGCUCCGCUCCUUCUUUCUCCCUUCGCAGCGGAGAGCCGACAGCUCGGGUUGGUCAGCCUCCCGGUUCCCGGCUCAACUUGAAAAAAUGCCACCCGAUUGGACCGCGGGGUUGUCACUCUCCCGGCCGCACUUCCCACGUAGCCCAAACUGCCCGCCCCGGAAAUGGUAGCCUCCACGACCAGGAAGGUAGUGCGUCACAAGGGAACUUCCGCUUGUCGUGGAUGUCGCAGGCCCUGGAGGAGCCGCCAGCCCCCCCGCCCCCGCCCCCGCUGCCCCCGCCGCCCCCGCCGAGCGGUCCUCAGCUGCUCAAAGCGGCUCUGGAGCAGGCGGGUCGUGAGCGGCAGGACGACGUGCAGGAGCUGCUGAGGCGCAGGAGGGCCAGCUUCAGUGAGCACUUAAAGUGGGUUCUUUUCAACAACCCUGUGCCUUCCUUAAUUCAGGAGGGCCCACAGUGUGGCCUGGUGGCCCUGUGGAUGGCAGGAGCCCUGCUCCACCUGCCCAAGGUGCUUUCCCUGGAGGAAAUUGUGCAGGUAGCUUUGGAGAGAGGUUACACCGCCCAAGGGGAAAUGUUUUCAGCUGCGGACAUGGCCAGGCUGGCUGAGGAAGUGUUCCCCUGUCGAGCAGAGCUGCUGUCUGGAGGCCUGGAAGGACAGAACCGCCACAGGCUCCUUCAGCAUCUCCUUGCCGGCCUCCCUCUGCUGAUACCAUACGAUGAGGAUUCCAACCAUGAACCCUGCCUCCGGCGCGGCUACAAGGCUCACUGGGCAGUGGCCUCAGGAGCUCUGCUGGGUGUGAAGGGAGACCCCCAGCUGCCAGGCUGCCAGGAAGACAAGGAUAUGCCUGGCCUCUUCCACACCACCACCCCGUGCGCCCCACUCCCCCUGGGGGCCGUGGCUGAGACGUACUUGCUUUGCAAGCAGGGCAAGAGCUGCCGCUACCAGCUGUGGAACUACCAGCAGGUGCAAGAGAGCAACGCCCAGCUGACCGACUUCAGCCCCAGUCGGGCAGCUGACGGCAAGGUCUACGUUGUGCCUGCAGGGGGUGUGCAGGGGGGGCUGUGUGGCCAAGCAGUGCUGCUGCAGCCUUCCCCCACCCACAGGCUUUCUGAGAACUGA